GAGUCGCGGGAUGACACCGCGGAUACACGCAUGCGCACUCUGACCCCAGCUAGCGCGAGUAACGGACAUUACUAUAUUUGAAUUUUUAUUUUGUGUGUGUGACGUAGUGUCGUGUAUUUUCUUGUGUGCAAGGGCCCCAUGAAGCGGCUGUCAUGCGCAUAGCGGCACUGAUUGCACUCGUGCAGCUGUCGCUCGCUACAGCUGUUUCAGAUGAACCACAGACGCUCACAGCGGUUGAGCUGAACCGCGAGUUGUCCGGCAACGAUGCGCUCUCACUUUUCUACGAAAGCAGUGAGGAUGCUGGGGUCACUUUCAUAAGAGGGUCAAGGGCAGCUGACUCGCCCUUGUCUCCCGACAUCGACGUGCAAUGCUCAGGCGACUUUAUCGACGUCACUGUUGAAUUCGCCGACAUUUUCGAAGGCAUUAUUUACAGUAAGGGUUACUUAAAUGACCCGAAAUGCAAAUAUGUGUCAUUGGGCAACAGCCAGUCUCGCUACUCGUUCAGAGUACCCCUGAAUGGCUGUGGUUCCCGACCCCUCUGUAAUGCGUGUGGUACCAUUGAUAAUGUGCUGGUGUUCCAAGCCGACGACUUGUUGCAAGGACCACAGGACUUCGCUCGCAAGGUGUCUUGUGCCCGCACUUCCUUGGAAGUGUCGACUGGAGUAGUAGCGUCUAGAGAAGAGCACACUCUUAAGCUGAAACCCUUCAUGGUUGAUAUGCUUGAUGUAGUUGCUGUCGAAGGACCAGCCGGAGGAGUCGAAUGCUGGAUGGACAUCCAAAAAGGAGUUUUUCCCAAUACCACUCCACUAAAGGACUCGAUCAAAAUUGGGGAAUACUUGACAAUCCUUGUGUACCUUAAGGAUGUAAGGAACCAGUUCAGCCUUAAAAUCCACGAUUGUUGGGCUUAUGACAGCGACAGCUAUGAUGGUCCUGGUACCAACAAGAUCCAACUGACUGACAAAAAUGGAUGCCCCAAGAAGAAGAAGCUGAUUGAUCUCUGGCAGAAGACUACGAACACUGGCAAGAGUGGCGCCACAUUAAUUGCUUACAGCAAAGUGAGCGCUUUCCGAUUCCCUGAAACCGACCAAGUCUACCUGACCUGUAACGUCGAGUUAUGCACAAACAACUGUGACUCUAAUUGCAAUGGCGUUGUCACGGAAAUUUCUACUACGAUCAAACCAUCACAAUGCUACCCUGGAUCGCGUGAUCCUGAAUGUCAACGAAUUACUGUUGAACCGCAACUGAAAUGUUACCCUGGGUCACAAGAUCCCAGGUGUCCUCAACAGCCCACGCCUACAGCGCCAAACUGUUAUCCAGGCAGCACAGAUCCACGGUGUCCAUCACCUACAACCGUUAAACCAGUUUGCUACCCAGGCUCACCUGAUCCCAGAUGUCCGCAAGCUCCAAAGCCGACUACACGUAAUCCUCCCACUUAUUUGCCUCCGACAACUCCGGAGCCACUACGCUGCUUCCCUGGCUCUACUGAUCCCAGAUGUCCAAAACCAACAACUCCUGAACCUCCACGUUGCUUCCCAGGCAGCACUGACCCAAGAUGCCCUAAGCCAACAACUCCUGAACCUCCACGUUGCUUCCCAGGCAGCACUGACCCAAGAUGCCCUAAGCCAACAACUCCUCAACCUCCACGUUGCUUCCCAGGCAGCACUGACCCAAGAUGCCCUAAGCCAACAACUCCUGAACCUCCACGUUGCUUCCCAGGUAGCAAUGACCCAAGAUGUCCCAAACCAACUACUCCAGAGCCACCACGGUGUUUCCCAGGUGCAACUGACCCUAGAUGCCCUAAACCUACGACACCACAACCUCCGCAAUGCUACCCGGGUUCACCCGAUCCCAGAUGUCCACAGACACCUCGACCUACAACUAUAACACCUCCAACAUAUUUGCCACCAGUAACUCCUGAAUUUAAAUGUUUCCCAGGUUCAUCCGAUCCAAGGUGUCCACAACCAACUACACCAGCACCACCCAACUGUUACCCUGGCAACACUGAUCCACGUUGUCCUAAGCCAACAACCCCUGCCCCACCAAGGUGCUUCCCAGGCAGCACUGACCCUAGGUGCCCCAAACCAACGACACCUGAACCACCACGCUGUUUCCCAAGUUCAACUGAUCCUAGAUGCCCCAAACCAACAACUCCAGCUUCUCCAAACUGUUAUCCCGGAAACACAGACCCGCGUUGUCCAAAACCAACAACUCCUGCCCCACCAAGGUGCUUCCCUGGCUCAACAGAUCCCAGAUGCCCCAAGCCAACAACUCCCGAACCACCUCGGUGUUUCCCAGGUAGCACUGACCUAAGGUGCCCCAAACCUACGACUCCAACGCCACCUAAACCAGUCUGUUACCCGGGUUCACCGGAUCCUAAGUGUCCCCAACCACCAAGACCAACAACAUUAACUCCCCCCACUUAUUUACCUCCAGUGACACCGGCCCUCAAAUGCUAUCCCGGUUCCACAGAUCCUAGAUGUCCUAAGCCAACAACUCCCGAGCCACCACGAUGCUUCCCAGGAUCAACUGAUCCCAGAUGUCCUAAGCCAACAACACCUGAGCCACUACGUUGCUUCCCAGGAUCAACUGAUCCAAGAUGUCCUAAGCCAACAACUCCCGAACCACCUCGAUGCUUCCCAGGCAGCACUGAUCCUAGAUGUCCUAAGCCAACAACACCCGAGCCACCACGUUGCUUCCCAGGAUCAACUGAUCCAAGAUGUCCUAAGCCAACAACCCCCGAACCACCUCGAUGCUUCCCAGGCAGCACUGAUCCUAGAUGUCCUAAGCCAACAACUCCCGAACCGCCACGAUGCUUCCCAGGUUCAACUGAUCCAAGAUGUCCCAAACCAACGACACCAGCACCUCCCAACUGUUACCCUGGCAACACUGAUCCACGUUGUCCAAAGCCAACAACUCCUGCCCCACCAAGGUGCUUCCCAGGCAGCACUGACCCUAGAUGUCCCAAACCUACAACUCCUGAACCACCACGCUGCUUCCCAGGAUCAACUGAUCCUAGAUGCCCGCAACCAACAACUCCAGCACCACCAAACUGUUAUCCCGGGAACACUGACCCGCGUUGUCCAAAACCAACAACCCCUGCCCCACCAAGGUGCUUCCCAGGAAGCACCGAUCCAAGAUGCCCAAAGCCAACUACUCCAACAUCACCCAAACCAGUCUGCUACCCAGGCUCCCCGGAUCCAAAAUGUCCCCAACCCCCACGGCCUACAACAUUAACUCCACCUACUUAUUUGCCACCAGUCACACCGGCACCUAAAUGCUAUCCCGGUUCCACUGAUCCCAGAUGUCCUAAGCCAACAACACCCGAGCCACCACGUUGCUUCCCUGGCUCAACUGAUCCUAGAUGUCCAAAACCAACGACCCCAGCUCCUCCCAACUGCUACCCUGGCAACACUGAUCCACGUUGUCCUAAGCCAACAACCCCUGCCCCACCAAGUUGCUUCCCAGGCAGCACUGACCCUAGAUGUCCCAAGCCAACGACCCCAGCUCCUCCUAAUUGUUACCCUGGUAAUACUGAUCCACGUUGUCCAAGGCCAACCACCCCUGAACCACCACGAUGCUUCCCAGGCAGCACCGAUCCAAGAUGCCCCAAGCCAACGACUCCUGAACCACCACGUUGCUUCCCAGGUUCAACUGAUCCCAGAUGCCCUAAGCCAACAACUCCAGCACCACCAAACUGUUAUCCAGGAAGCACUGAUCCAAGAUGUCCCAAACCUACGACUCCGGAGCCACCACGCUGCUUCCCCGGCUCAACAGACCCAAGAUGCCCCAAACCAACCACUCCAACACCACCCAAACCAGUCUGUUACCCAGGAUCUCCGGACCCUAAAUGUCCCCAACCUCCACGGCCAACAACUUUAACUCCUCCUACUUAUUUGCCACCAGUUACACCAGCACUUAAAUGCUAUCCCGGUUCCACUGACCCGAGAUGUCCAAAACCAACGACUCCUGCACCACCGAGGUGCUUCCCUGGCUCAACAGACCCAAGAUGUCCCAAACCAACGACUCCAGAGCCACCACGCUGUUUCCCAGGUUCAUCUGACCCUAGGUGUCCCAAACCAACGACCCCAGCUCCUCCUAACUGUUACCCUGGCAACACUGAUCCACGUUGCCCAAAGCCAACAACCCCUGCCCCACCAAGGUGUUUCCCGGGUAGCACUGACCCUAGAUGUCCUAAACCAACGACACCAGCUCCUCCCAACUGUUACCCUGGCAACACUGAUCCACGUUGUCCUAAGCCAACAACCCCUGCCCCACCUAGGUGCUUCCCAGGAAGCACUGAUCCAAGAUGCCCCAAACCAACAACUCCAACACCACCCAAACCAGUCUGCUACCCAGGAUCCCCGGACCCCAAAUGUCCCCAACCUCCACGGCCCACAACAUUAACUCCUCCUACCUAUUUGCCACCAGUUACACCAGCACCUAAAUGCUAUCCCGGUUCCACAGAUCCUAGAUGUCCUAAGCCAACAACUCCCGAGCCACCACGAUGCUUCCCAGGAUCAACUGAUCCCAGAUGUCCUAAGCCAACAACACCUGAGCCACUACGUUGCUUCCCAGGAUCAACUGAUCCAAGAUGUCCUAAGCCAACAACUCCCGAACCACCUCGAUGCUUCCCAGGCAGCACUGAUCCUAGAUGUCCUAAGCCAACAACUCCCGAACCGCCACGAUGCUUCCCAGGUUCAACUGAUCCAAGAUGUCCCAAACCAACAACUCCAGCACCACCAAACUGUUAUCCCGGGAACACUGACCCGCGUUGUCCAAAACCAACAACCCCUGCCCCACCAAGGUGCUUCCCAGGAAGCACCGAUCCAAGAUGCCCAAAGCCAACUACUCCAACAUCACCCAAACCAGUCUGCUACCCAGGCUCCCCGGAUCCAAAAUGUCCCCAACCCCCACGGCCUACAACAUUAACUCCACCUACUUAUUUGCCACCAGUCACACCGGCACCUAAAUGCUAUCCCGGUUCCACUGAUCCCAGAUGUCCUAAGCCAACAACACCCGAGCCACCACGUUGCUUCCCUGGCUCAACUGAUCCUAGAUGUCCAAAACCAACGACCCCAGCUCCUCCCAACUGUUACCCUGGCAACACUGAUCCACGUUGUCCAAAGCCAACAACUCCUGCCCCACCAAGGUGCUUCCCAGGCAGCACUGACCCUAGAUGUCCCAAACCUACAACUCCAGAACCACCACGCUGCUUCCCAGGUUCAACUGAUCCUAGAUGCCCCAAACCAACGACCCCAGCUCCUCCUAACUGCUACCCUGGCUCAACUGACCCAAGAUGUCCCAAACCAACGACUCCAGAGCCACCACGCUGCUUCCCAGGUUCAGCUGAUCCUAGAUGCCCUAAACCAACAACUCCAGCACCACCAAACUGUUAUCCCGGAAACACAGACCCGCGUUGCCCAAAACCAACAACCCCUGCCCCACCUAGGUGCUUCCCAGGAAGCACUGAUCCCAGAUGCCCCAAACCAACGACUCCAAUACCACCCAAACCAGUCUGCUACCCAGGAUCCCCGGACCCUAAAUGUCCCCAACCUCCACGGCCAACAACUUUAACUCCGCCUACUUAUUUGCCACCAGUCACACCUGCACCUAAAUGCUAUCCCGGUUCCACUGAUCCUAGAUGUCCAAAACCAACGACUCCUGCCCCACCGAGGUGCUUCCCAGGUUCAACUGACCCUAGGUGUCCCAAACCAACGACCCCAGCUCCUCCCAACUGUUUCCCUGGCAACACUGAUCCACGUUGUCCUAAGCCAACAACCCCUACCCCACCAAGGUGCUUCCCAGGCAGCACUGACCCUAGGUGUCCCAAACCAACGACACCUGAACCACCACGCUGUUUCCCAGGUUCAACUGAUCCUAGAUGCCCCAAACCAACAACUCCAGCUCCUCCAAACUGUUAUCCCGGAAACACAGACCCGCGUUGUCCAAAACCAACAACCCCUGCCCCACCAAGGUGCUUCCCAGGCAGCACUGACCCUAGGUGCCCCAAACCAACGACACCUGAACCACCACGCUGUUUCCCAGGUUCAACUGAUCCUAGAUGCCCCAAACCAACAACUCCAACACCACCCAAACCAGUUUGCUACCCAGGAUCUCCGGACCCUAAAUGUCCCCAACCUCCACGGCCCACAACAUUAACUCCUCCUACUUAUUUGCCACCAGUUACACCAGCACCUAAAUGCUAUCCUGGUUCCACUGAUCCUAGAUGUCCCAAGCCAACAACACCCGAGCCACCACGUUGCUUCCCUGGCUCAACUGACCCGAGAUGUCCAAAACCAACGACUCCUGCCCCACUACGUUGCUUCCCUGGCUCAACUGACCCGAGAUGUCCAAAACCAACGACUCCUGCCCCACCGAGGUGCUUCCCUGGCUCAACAGACCCAAGAUGUCCCAAACCAACGACUCCAGAGCCACCACGCUGCUUCCCAGGCAGCACUGACCCUAGAUGCCCCAAACCAACAACUCCAGCUCCUCCAAACUGUUAUCCCGGAAACACAGACCCGCGUUGUCCAAAACCUACAACUCCUGAACCACCACGCUGCUUCCCAGGGUCAAGUGAUCCUAGAUGUCCAAAACCGACCACACCUGAGCCGCCUCGUUGUUUCCCUGGAUCAACUGAUCCUAGAUGUCCAAAACCGACCACACCUGAGCCGCCUCGUUGUUUCCCUGGAUCAACUGACCCCAGAUGUCCCAAGCCAACGACCCCUGAACCGCCACGUUGCUACCCUGGGUCAACUGACCCCAGAUGUCCCAAGCCCACGACUCCUGAACCGCCACGUUGCUACCCUGGAUCAACUGACCCCAGAUGUCCCAAGCCAACGACUCCUGAACCUCCACGAUGCUACCCUGGUUCACCUGAUCCUAGAUGUCCACAACCACCACGACCUACAACAUUAACACCUCCAACAUAUUUGCCACCUGUGACACCUGGAUUUAAAUGCUAUCCAGGAUCAACCGACCCUAGGUGUCCACAACCGACUACCCAACCUCCUCCGAGAUGCUUCCCAGGUAGUUCUGAUCCCAGAUGUCCCAAGCCAACUACUCCUGAACCGCCACGUUGCUACCCUGGAUCAACUGACCCCAGAUGUCCCAAGCCAACGACUCCUGAACCGCCACGUUGCUACCCUGGAUCAACUGACCCCAGAUGUCCCAAGCCAACGACUCCUGAACCGCCACGUUGCUACCCUGGAUCAACUGACCCCAGAUGUCCCAAGCCAACGACUCCAGAACCGCCACGUUGCUAUCCUGGAUCAACUGACCCUAGAUGUCCCAAGCCAACGACUCCUGAACCGCCACGUUGCUACCCUGGAUCAACUGACCCUAGAUGUCCCAAGCCAACGACUCCAGAACCUCCACGUUGCUAUCCUGGAUCAACUGACCCUAGAUGUCCCAAGCCAACGACUCCUGAACCGCUACGUUGCUACCCUGGCUCGACUGAUCCAAGGUGUCCCAAGCCAGAGCCCUCAACCCCAAGCUCUUGUUACCCAGGAUCUAGAGAUCCAAAAUGCCCACAACCGUUUGCGCCAGCUAGCACUAACCCACCUUCAACAUAUUUGCCACCGUUCCCAGAAGAAAAUGAAAUUAAAUCUUCUAGGGUAAGCAGAUUAGUACCGAAGGACUUUGAAGACGACAAGUACAGCGAUUAUAUAGAUUCGUUUGAUUUCAAACGAACAGAACCAAGAUCAAGAAAAGUGCGUGACAUAAGUGGUAGCAGCGAAAGUGCCACGCUAGCUACUAGUGGUACUGCCAUCAUAUACGUUGCCAUGGGAUCAGCUGUACUAAUGAUUAUGUCAAUCACACUGGCCAUCUACAUGUACAAAAAUAACAGGAAAAAUAAUCUAAGCACUGCAUCCGUAAAAUCAACCGUGCAAAGCCCUUGUUAAUAUGUAAAUAACUGUCUUGUAAAAAUUUGAUAUUGUGAUAUUUUAAUUUUUAAUUUUUAUCAGCUACUUGAUGCAUUCCAACUUUAUUUUUUUAUUAAUGGCUGCUUAAUAUGAAUAGUUUGUUUUGUGUAACGUAACGUCACUGCCUAAUAAGCUUUAUCUUAAUACUUCAUGCGCUAGGCAUGCCUAUUUUGUUCACUAUAUAAAAUAGUGCCAUAAUAUAUUACAAUAUAUAGUGUCUUCUGCAAUGCAUCCUCAAUCUUUAAAUGUAUAUUAUAUCCCUAGUCAAUAUUUUGUAUAUAUAAAACAUUUUUGCACUCCUGUGUGUUUUUCAAAAAUUACUCAUUUUUUUAUAAAGAAAUAAAUAUACUCAUUUGUGAUAUUUUUUUUCGUGUAAAUACAUAUUGUUUAUACCAGUAUGCUGAUGUGGCCAUUUGAAUUAAUAUUAUAGUGUGUAUUAUGUUUAAAUUUUAAUGUAAGAUGACUUGAGUACAUUCUGUGUGACAUUGAGUUCACUAUAAAUGAGACCAAUUUUCGAAAACGAAUCACAAUGAUUUUGUUUCUUAAUACAGAAUGCACUCACGGAACAUUAUUUUCAACGAUUUUGUAAUGUUUAGUACCUAAGAUUGCUUGUCGAGUCAAUCUAAGUAAAACAUUCU